ACUAAAGUAGUCACGUGUCUGUCACAUGCGUGAUUAUUUUGCCGGCGAAAGACGAAGAACGGAAGAAGGACUUCACUUUCACGGCGAAGUUAGGAUUCGUGUUCUUUAAUCGUAUAGGAGGUCUCGGAGAUUGUGAGACGCUAAUGAGUCGGAAGGAUGAUAAUCAGUCAGGUAAGUUCCUGAUUCUAAAUUUUAAUGUCAUAAACAUGAUAACAUCAGUUAGUAGUUUGGCUUCGAAAUUUUGUAAUUUUGGGUGAUUCAGGAGAAGUUGGUCGUACUCUGGUGGACUUUAUGGAAGUAGCCAUCACAAUGAUUGUAUACCUCAAAGGUUUUUACCCAUCUGCGGCAUUUGAAAGGAGGAGAUAUAUGAAUGUGGUGGUGCAAAGAGCAAGGCAUCCUGAGCUACGCGACUAUAUUCACUCUGCUGCUUCUGGACUUCUUCCUUUUAUUGAAAAGGGUCUUGUUGAGAGAGUAGCAGUCGUGUUUUUCAGCGAGGAUAAUGUUCCUGUAGAGAGGUUCAUCUUCAAGAUCACGAUUAAACCGUCUUGCGCUGCUUUAGUAGAAGAGGGUCAACUGGAGUUUGCGCUUAGGUCCUUCUUAAUCAAGCUUUCCGUCUCAAAAUCCCUAGUCAAACCUCUUCCCCUAAAUUGUAGAUGGGAGGUAACGGCUUAUCUGAGGUCACUUCCUCAAGUGGGUUCAAGCAAAGAAGCAGAGCUGUGGAUUCCAACAGACACAAAGCAGUGGCAGAACCCACCAGUUUUAACGCCAGUCAAGUCUUUGAACAGCGAACCACUCUGCUUGCAGCUUUACUUGGAACACCCAAGUUUGUCUGAACCACUCAACCUUGUCAACCCCGAGGAUGUCGCACCCCAUGACCCAUAAGUCAGAUUACAUGUGAGCCUCGGCUCCGUUUGCUGGACCCAAUUUCUGAAGCAAGAUGCAUUAUUGUAUAAUGCCAAGAUGCAUUAUAAACAUGUUUGGGAUUGUGUGGUCACCUCACCGGUAGCAGAAGAGAGUUGUAAAAUUAACCACAACGUUGUCUUCUUUCUUAACACUUGCAUAGUCUCUUUCCGUGUAAACAAAAACGAAAGUGGUUAUUUCAAAAUUAUUGGUUCCAAGUUAGAAA